GGUGCUGUAUUUAAAUACUUUUCAUCCCUUCCUCGGUACUUGUGAGCGGACUUUCACAAUCCCUGCACAUGCCCGCCCUCUCUGUCAUGUGAUUAAAUACUACUUCGCCUUAAAGAGGGGGAGAAAAACCACUUAUAUAGUAUUAAGCGUGUGGGUUUCUCAGUUCGGGACUCAGGAUUAUUCAUCUGCCUUGCCUGCCAGCCCACCCAGGUUCGAAUCACCUCUGUGUUGUCAGAUGUACCAAGGACGCGGAAGGACACAUUCACACCGCCCUUGUGUACGCGCUUUUUAAGCAAAAGCAAACAGAAAAAAAGCUUCCUAAUUCUAUUCCUCUCGCCUUCCUCUGAAACUUCGUUUUUUCGAUUUUCUCGUUUUCAAUCUCCAUUUUCUUUGGCUUGCUCGGCAAUCCGAAGAAGGUUCAGUGCUCCUUCAGAGGAAGUGGACUUUUUCAGGUUGAUUGUUUGAAAUCGUAUCAUAUUCUCGAUGAUGAUGAUGAUUUAUGUGUGCCCAAUCCAACCUCUUUAAUCAUUCUCUGCCGCUGCCAAAAGUCAAAACUAAAAAUCUUCAGAGCUGUAAAGGCAACUGAAUUUGGGAUCUGAUCUUCACCGACUGUUUGGAGUGAGCGAAAUUCAUUUAUUGGAGCUGUUUCGAGCCGUUUUCCGGGUCUAACUUGUUCAUCGCUUUCACAUUUUCUGCCCGUUGAUAGGCUGGAGGAGAGAAGAUUCGUGUCAAUUCACGCAGAAUUUCUUGCCGCCGACGUCAUAACUUGAAGGUAAAAAUUCACAGUUGUUAACAAAUUUUGAACAGCCGGACUGCAAUUUGGAUUUCCAUUUCUGCAGCGAUGACUCUGUCAGUUAACGGACAAUCCCGCGUGCCGCCAGGCUUUCGCUUCCAUCCCACCGAGGAGGAGCUCCUGUAUUACUACCUCAAGAAGAAAGUCUCGUUUGAAAAGAUUGAUCUUGAUGUUAUUCGCGAUGUUGAUCUGAACAAGCUUGAGCCCUGGGAUAUUCAGGAGAGAUGCAAAAUUGGAUCGACUCCGCAGAACGACUGGUACUUCUUCAGCCACAAAGACAAGAAGUAUCCGACGGGUACUCGCACUAACAGAGCCACGGCAGCGGGCUUCUGGAAAGCCACCGGACGGGACAAAGCCAUACACAUGGAUUUCAAGAGAAUUGGAAUGAGAAAGACGCUGGUGUUCUACCGAGGCCGAGCACCUCACGGCCAGAAGACUGACUGGAUCAUGCACGAAUAUCGCCUUGACGACAACGAAAAUUCACAGGCAAAUGCAUUCAACGAGUUACAGGAGGACGGCUGGGUAGUAUGCCGGGUUUUCAAGAAGCGGAACCAUUUCAAGGGCAACGAAUCGCCCCCGCCAAACCUGAGCAAGAACAAAUUUGUGCCAGACAUAGAGUGCCUCAACAGCGGCCCUUCUGCAGCGGAGCAGAUGCACUACACAGCGACAGAGCAAGCAAAUAUGUGUAUGAAACAAGAACUGGACAUUCAGUACGGCUUCUCUACUCAGGAUCAAUUCAUGCAGCUGCCUCAUCUGGAAAGCCCUAAAUUCCCUUGCCCCGUUGCACCUCCUCCUCCUCCUCCUUCUUCUUCUGGAAUGAAGCGCUUAUUUCCAGAUAGAGUUGCAGAGAACAUCUCUAAACGCUCAUGCUAUCCCCCGCCAAUGUCUCUGGACAUGACAGAACUGGAUGGUUCAACAACAAGCAGUGAUCAGCUAAGGUCAGAAGCAGUGCAAAAUUUGAAUUUGAAUGACUGGACAGUUCUGGACAGGCUGGUAGCCUCACAUCUGAACCAGGAGGAGCCCCCCUGCAAGGAAAUCAGAUACGGAGCUCAUGCUCCUGCCGAAGCUUCUGUUGCGCUGCCCCAACUUCGGAUGAACAAACUUAACCCUCAUGACUUUGGCUGUGAAAUAGAUCUGUGGAAUUUUGGCAAGUAAAGUCUGCAACAACACCAAUACUGUGUAAAUAACUGAACUCUGGUAGAUUGAUUGAUAUUAUAGACCGUGAAUUGUACAGGGUUGACAUCGUCAUCCCUGCGUGAAAGCUUGGGGAGACUUUGGUGCCCUUCCAAACAGUUUUACUCGUGUAUCCUAAUUUUAUAUUCAACCUAUUUUUUUAGUUUUAGCUCCCUUGCUCACAAAUAUAAGUUCGUCCUUUAAAGGAAUAAAGUCAUACCAGAUCUUCCUAGGUAGCCCCAAAUAUAUCUUGGGUUUGUUAAAAGACAUUUUUGGUGAUGCCAAUUUGUAAUCAAUUAUACAUGUCAUUUGGUGACUAAAAUUUGACUUAAUAGAAAUUCCUUCCUUAUAUUGAA